CUUUCUUCUCCAAAUGAUAGUUGACUCUCUCUCGCCGAGCUUUUUCCCUGAAAAAUGAGUCUGCUUCUCGUACUCUUCAUAUCAUUACUCUCGCUCGGAUCUGCUACGUCGUCCCCGAAUGACCAUCUUUACAAUGCGGGAGAUCGUGUACCCUUAUUCGUCAAUAAAGUAGGGCCCUUGCACAAUCCCAGUGAGACCUACCAAUUCUAUGACUUGCCAUUCUGCCAUCCAGAUCCCAUAAUCCAGAAGAAAGAAUCUCUGGGGGAAGUCCUAAAUGGAGAUUGUUUGGCCAAUGCUUUAUAUGAUUUACAAUUCUGGAAGGACAAAACCGAUGAAAUCUUGUGCGAGAAGAAUCUUCAGGGACAUGAAGUUGCAAAGUUCAGGGAUGCUGUCUCCAAUGAUUUUUACUUCCAAAUGUACUAUGAUGAUCUUCCAUUGUGGGGUUUUAUUGGAAAAGUGGAAGAGCAAAGCUGGAUCACCGAGGAGAAAGUGCACAAGUACUAUCUUUUCACUCACAUACAGUUUGAUGUUCUUUACAACGGAAACCAGGUCAUAGAGAUUAAUGCUUUCAGUGACCCUAAUCAUGCUGUGGAUAUCACUCAAGACAUUGAAAUAAAUGUGAAGUUCAGUUAUUCAGUUAUCUGGAAUGCAACCUCAACUCAGUUUCAAUCCAGGAUGGACAAAUAUUCAAGGGCAUCCUUGCUGCCAAUCCACCAGCAGGUUCAUUGGCUCUCAUUCAUCAACUCAAUUGUGAUUGUUGUGCUCUUGACGGGACUACUUACGGUUCUUUUCAUGCGGCGUCUCAAGAAUGAUCUCAGAAAGUGUUCAAGUGGAGAAGAAGAAGAAAUAGGAGAGAAAGAAGUUGGUUGGAAAUACAUUCAUGGCGAUGUUUUCAGACAUCCACAAAACAUAUCUUUGUUUUGUGCAUUCUUGGGCACUGGUACUCAAAUAUUGACCCUGGUAGGCUUCUUAUUUCUUCUAGCAUUUCUUGGUGUUCUCUAUCCCUACAAUCGUGGAGUUCUGUGCACUUCUCUCAUUUUCAUAUAUACUCUUACAUCUGUUAUUGGUGGAUAUACUGCAGCUUCCUCCCACAGUCAGUUUGCCAUAACUGGAUGGGAAAGGAGCGUUCUUCUGACUGGGAUUCUCUAUCUUGGUCCAGUUUUUGUGAUACUGUCAAUUCUUAAUAUUAUUGCGGCAUCUUAUGGGUCCACAGCUGCUCUUCCAUUUGGCUCUAUUGUAGUAAUUUUUCUUGUAUACAUCUUUGUCACCAUCCCAUUGCUUGCCUUGGGAGGGUUGAUUGGGUAUAUUUUUAGGUCUGAAUUUCAACCACCUACCGUUACAAAAAGAUAUGCAAGAGAAAUACCACCAUUGGCAUGGUACAGGAGAACACCUUGCCAAAUGUUUCUUGGGGGUUUCUUAUCUUUUAGUGCAAUUGUCCUUGAGUUGCACCACUUGUAUGCAAGUUUGUGGGGCUACAAAAUUUCAACUCUUCCCAGCAUUUUAGUUUUCACCUUCAUCAUGCUUGCUAUACUCACUGCAAUCUUGAGUAUCGGAAUGACAUACGUACAGCUUUCUGUGGAAGACCAUGAAUGGUGGUGGAGCUCUAUUUUGCGUGGGGCCUCAACUGCCAUUUUCAUGUUCGGCUAUUGCUUCUACUUUUAUGCUAGGUCAAGCAUGAGUGGUCUUUUGCAACUAUCGUUCUUUUUGGGCUAUAAUGCUUGCUUGUGCUAUGCAUUUUUCUUGAUGCUCGGUACAAUCAGUUUUCGUGCUUCCUUCAUAUUUGUUUGCCACAUUUACCGCGCUGUCAAGAUCGAAUGAAAAAUGGAAAGUGUAAUCUGAAGUAAAGAGAAGAAUCUAAGACAAACUCAACAGAUGAAGAGUUCAAAGAGGAUUGCUGGAGGGGUUUGUAGAGUUGUUGAAAUAGAGAUUCUAACAAUUGUGUUUCCCCUAUAGUAUAUGAAAUCAAGAUCACUUUUUGAAAGAGGAUAUUUGAGAUCAAGAUGCAGACGAACAAUGGUUUUUGUCUUUGAUAUGCGCAUGCAAGAAUGUACCAUACGUGCUUCUACUCAUGAACUGUUGUGUGAAUUAGGGCAUUUUGAUCCUGAGUUGCUGCUAAGAUAAAGAUUAUUAUUCUGCACUUUGUGAAUUAUCAUUUUUCCAGUAUUUGGACAUAUAGUUCUGUGAAAAGUUGCAAUGAAAGUAGAAACUUAACAACUA